UAUUUUUUGUAUUUUUCAAAAACAAAAAUCUCCGCGUUGCUUUUUCCGCUUCUGAGCAAAAGAUGAACGUUGCAUUGUAUUCAACGCCGCGCUUUGGCGCUCUGAAGCACACGAUACAAAGCGAGGAACAGCGCAACAGCAGUAGCGGCGAUGAUGUUGCACAGCCACCGUCAUCACCCUCCAACAACAGCAGCCAUCAGCAUGAAGAUGCGCAAGAUUUGCUCUCGUUCGGCACCCACUGUGACGUCAAGGACUGCCGCCAGCUCGAUUUCCUGCCAUUCCGCUGCGACUCUUGCACACAAACAUUCUGCUUGGAUCAUCGAACGUACGAGUCUCACAAGUGCAGUGCCGCUCCCAAUCAAGACAUUCGAAUUCCAGAAUGUCCAAAGUGCCAGCAAAAGAUUCAACGUCCGCGGGGAUCCGAUGCAGCCGCGCAGAUCCAAAAGCAUAUUGCAAGUGGGUGCCGAGACCUUGUACUCCUGGCCCCGCGACGCAAAUGCAACCACAAGGGCUGCAAAAAUACAGAAGCGCUAUCGUUCAAGUGCAAUCGAUGCGAGCACCAGUUUUGUAUCAAACACAUGCGAGUCCAGGACCACACCUGCUCAAGCCAAAGCAUUCCUCCUUCUGGCAGCGACGCUCACCGACUUGCCAAGCCAGGACAGUCUGCCUUGAAACGAGCCAUCACGGCGUACUGAUUUUAAUCGCUUGCUCAUGUCUUGGUUUGUAGAAUAUACUGUAUUAUACUGUCU